AUGAAGAUUCACGUAAUAUUUUCAUGUACCCUCAUACUAAAUGUUGUAAUGACUUUAAAAACAAAUACAUCAUUGAAAAAGCAGUUUACAGAACACUCUACGGUAAAUGAUAAUAAAGCAUUUCCAUAUAUGGCAGCGAUAUUACAAAAAACGGCAUACCUAAGUUCGGGAGCUUUGAUCGAUGAGAGUUGGGUUUUGACAGGUGCUGACUCAUUGUAUACGAUACGUGAAUCUUCAAGGACACUUCGCGUUCGCCUUGGAACUGUAAAUUAUAAGAAAGGUGGCUAUCUGACACCUAUUAAAUUUUUCGAAAUUCAUCCUUAUUUUGAUGACAGUAAGCCACAAUUUGAUGUAGCACUCAUCAAAUUACCUCAUCCAGUCGUAAUGACCCCCAGUUUAAAUCCAAUAAAACUUCAGAAAAGACCAACGAUAUUGGCUGCUAUGCAUUUUACGGUUACUUCUUGGCCUAUUUAUAAGCAAAAAAAGGUAUAUAAGCACGGAGUAUACAAUAACUUGGAACGAGCUCUAACUGUCAAAUAUCUGCACCCAUCUAAUCGAGAGCGGUGUUCUGAGGAACUCGAUGCCCUAGUACCAGAUGAAGAUAAGGCACUAAUAUGUCUACAUCCAGGAAUUGAUAGUGAUCCAUGUCAGAGAGAUGUUGGUGCACCAGUGGUUCUAAAUGGCGUUUUAUGGGGCAUCGUGUCCUCUUGGAUAUCAGAAGACUGUGACAUAGAGCCUGUAUUAGUAACCAUGGUAUCUAACAGUAAUAUCAGCUCAUGGAUACAUUCAACUAUACAUGGAAAGAGAUGGCGCAGGAAAUAUAUUGGCAAUAACAAUAAUUUGAUU